GAUACUCGUGGAUUUGGCAAGACCGUUCACAUCACCGCAAAAAUCCUCAUUUCAAAUGGAAGGAAACAUAGUUCUAAAGAAGAAAAUCAUGGAAGCUGCAUCCAGAAACGACCUUUUUGAUUUCAUAUGUUCCAGCCCCCUAGUGAAUAAAACCGGUAUAACCUCAGAAAUGGUGGGCGAGUCUUUAGAUAAGUGCUUAGAGUAUGGAUCAGUGUUAUGCACACUAUUUCACCUCAACCACCUGAAUCUUAACCUUUCCGAAAAAGUUAGAAUUUAUCACUACUAUAUCCCUGUGUUCCUGUGGUGUGAAAAUGAAUUAUCCAAUCACUGCUCUAAGUUCAAAGGCAAAGAAGAAGUUCCACCUUUGGUGAUUGGGCUCAGUGCACCACAAGGAUGUGGAAAGACGACACUUGUUUUUGCGCUGGAUCAUCUUUUCCUUGUAACUGGGAGGAAUUCAGCUAUGCUGUCCAUUGAUGAUUUCUACUUGACCGCAGAAGAUCAGGUAACACUAAGGGAAAGCAAUCCUGGGAAUUUACUAUUGGAGUUUCGCGGAAAUGCUGGAAGCCAUGAUCUUCCUUUAUUUGUUAAGACUCUAACUGCUCUAACCAAAUUGACAAAACAAGGUGCGAAGAUGAAGCUCCCUAGGUAUGAUAAAUCAGCAUAUAAUGGUAGAGGCGAUAGAGCUGAUCCUUCUACAUGGCCAGAGAUCGAAGGGCCUCUUUCGGUAGUUCUAUUUGAGGGUUGGAUGCUUGGUUUCAAGCCCCUUCCAUGUGAAGUUGUCAAAGACGUUGAUCCGCAGCUGGAGGUUGUUAACAAGAAUUUAGAAGCUUACUCUGAUGCAUGGGCCAAAUUUGUCAAUUCAUGGAUAGUCAUCAAGAUUCAAGACCUGAGAUGUGUAUAUAAAUGGCGUUUAGAGGCUGAAAUAGCUAUGAAGGGUGAGGGAAAGCCUGGGAUGUCGGAUGAGGAGGUAAAAGAAUUUGUGUCGCGUUACCUGCCAGCAUACAAUGCAUACCUUCCUACACUCUACUCAACGGGACCCAGCGGUGCAGAUCCAGACCAUACACUGCUGAUUGAAAUUGAUGAAGGCAGGAACCCAGUUCUUGGUGUGCUAGACAUUCAAGCAUUGCGGAUGCUCUUAGAGACAUUUCGUUUGGAAGAGACAUUUCUGUUCGAGAAAACCUAAUUGCGAAACUACUGUUCAUGGUCGCCGGGAAGAUUGAAAUCCGAGGCUUUGGAUUCAUACCUUCCAGAGUGGGUCGACGGGAAGAUUAAUAACUUCAGAUUUUAAGAUGAGUAUAAGGGGUGAGUACAACAAGCAUUGUUGAAAAAAGAAGUGUGUAAGUUACAAGAAAUAUUCUUUUCUCGCCUUUAUGUAAGAAAUUGUCAACCAAAAUAUGGCUUCACAUGGUGUGUAAACUGUUAAAUGCUAGUAUUUCAUCAUCAUGGUUAGAAUUACUCACUUGUGUUGAUUCGUGCACAAACAGAUCUGGUUUCAAAAAAACAAAUGCUCAAACAGAUCUCGUCGAUCUCAUGAUUUUGUAUCCCACUUUACCUUUGUGCGUGCGUCUUCUGUAGUUCCA